AUGUCCAUGCCCAAAAAUAUGAGCCAUGCUAGCACAGAUGUUGUCGCAGCGGUGCCUCGCCACCUCGAUGACAUGGCAGAGGCUUACGAAAAUUUGAUUGCCAGUGCCGGGCCUGGUGGUCCCACUGCAGCUGGAAGUAAGCUCCGGGAUAGGGAUCACGACAUGUCGAAUCACCACAAGAAGGUCUUGAAUUCCUGCCUGCAAAAAGAAAUUCACGAGCAUAACGAUACUCGCGCAAAGCUUCAGCAUAUGCAGGCAGUCCUUAUGACUGCAGAAGGCCACUCUUCAAGCCUCAAUAUCUAUGCAGCGGAUCUCUAUGAGUCUAGUAAGAGUCAUCUCAAGAGAGCUAACAUUGCAGAAGAGGCUUUACAUAUCAGUCGGAUGGAAUUGAUGCAUGCUCAUUACUUUAGAACGAGCCUUGCAUCGCUCUCCAAUGCGGAUGGUGGAGCCUCAGGACACCCAGAAAGAGGCCAGAUCAUGUUGACGAUUCCCAUAGAUGUCAAGGGCAGAUGUUGCACUUGUACUGGUAGAAAAAGUCAAGAGAUCAUCAACUUUAGGUUGAGAAUACCUCUUGAAGUAGAUGAUGGAAAAUGCGUGUGUGAGGGUGGAUCAGGACCUACUAUACACGAAAUACACCAACCGACAUUGAUUCAUUUCGGAGUGAAUGUGGAUGAUUUUCCGCAUAGAAGCACACCUCAACAAGGCCAAAUCAGUCCUUUAUGGUUGGAUGGGAAUACGCAAGAUGUGACGGGGGCAACUAACCCCGGUGCUGGAAACGUCCAUACGCUCCACGCUCAGAGAAUCAAUCUUGUCAAUGACAAUUCUGUGGGCAACACACAGGCCACUAAAACCAAUAAUCCGAAGACGGAUGCAGUAGCACCUCAAUCCAGAGCGACCACGGACAAUAGCGUCGGGAAACAUGGUCCAGCCAGGGCCGGGCUCAGAGUCGCUGUGGACCGUUCCGGCUCACCUUCCAUCUACGAUGGUAAUACUUUGAAGUCUCCUGCGAGCAAACCAUCGGAUUGCAUUGAAAUUGCCAAGGAUUUCCGUCGAAAAAGCCAUACACCAAGCUCCCAGUCUAGAACUAACUGUGUGAACGAAGUGAAUGACUUCAAUUCAAUUACUACUGUAAUAAAGAACUAA